AUGGCUUUUUUCUCCUCAAAGACACUAGUCCUGACCUGCACCUUAUGCUUAUUCCUAUCUUUAGCUUUCGGCCGCGAGUUCUCGAUCGUGGGCUAUUCGUCCGAGGACUUACAGUCCAUGGACAAGCUCAUUGAACUCUUCGAGUCAUGGAUGUCGAGACACGGUAAGAUAUACGAAACCAUUGAGGAGAAGCUACUCCGGUUCGAGGUGUUUAAGGAUAAUCUAAAGCAUAUUGAUGACAGAAACAAGGUUGUUAGCAACUAUUGGCUUGGUUUGAAUGAGUUUGCUGAUUUGAAUCACCAGGAAUUCAAGGACAGGUAUCUUGGACUAAAGGUUGACUUGUCUCAAAGAAAAUCCUCAAAUGAAGACGAUUUCAUCUAUAGAGAUGUCGAUUUUCCUAAGUCAGUUGAUUGGAGAAAGAAAGGCGCUGUCACCGCUGUCAAGAAUCAAGGUCAAUGCGGUAGUUGUUGGGCAUUUUCGACGGUUGCAGCCGUGGAAGGAAUAAACCAAAUUGUGACAGGAAAUUUGACAUCUUUGUCAGAGCAAGAAUUAAUUGAUUGUGACACAACUUAUAACAAUGGUUGCAAUGGGGGUCUAAUGGAUUAUGCAUUCAACUUCAUAGUUCAAAAUGGUGGACUCCAUAAAGAAGAUGAUUAUCCUUACAUUAUGGAAGAAGGAACAUGUGAGAUGAAAAAGGAAGAAACUGAAAUUGUCACUAUUAGUGGUUACCAUGAUGUGCCACAAAAUAGUGAACAAAGCAUAUUGAAGGCUCUUGCCAACCAACCUCUCAGUGUGGCCAUAGAAGCAUCAGGAAGAGAUUUCCAAUUUUAUAGCGGAGGUGUGUUUGAUGGACAUUGUGGAAGUGAGCUAGAUCAUGGUGUUUCGGCCGUCGGAUAUGGAACAGCGAAAGGUUUGGAUUAUAUCACAGUGAAGAAUUCAUGGGGGGCAAAAUGGGGAGAGAAAGGAUUUAUAAGGAUGAAGAGAAACAUUGGAAAGGCUGAAGGGAUUUGUGGACUCUACAAGAUGGCUUCUUAUCCAACUAAGAAGAAAUAA